CAUUGGUAUAAAGGAAGAGAAUUGAUAUCAAAGAAAUGAGUCGUGAGCAAAAUGCGCAAGUGCAGAAGCUUUGGUUGGUUUAAUUUUAAAGACAAGAGAUUAACAUAUGGAGUACUCGUUGGAAGCUUGUUCAUGGCGUUCAGCAUUCCUUUCGGUUUCAAGUUUUAUUUUUGCACUCAAUUAUCUCUCUUGCAUAUACAAUCACAAUCAUCCAUGGAUGCUGGAAAUCAAAUUACAAUGUUCAAGGAUACAAGUCCUUUGCAGAAACUAGUUGAAGAGAGCUCGUCAGCCAAGCCAAUAUGCAGUGCAUGCAAUUGCGAACCGAUAUCGAAUUACUGCGAUAUCAAUGGGGAUGUUGCAGUUCAGGGGCAUUCCUCCACUAUAUCUAUCGUUUCGUUAGGGACCAGAAAGAUCUCUUGGACGGUAAAGCCUUAUGUAAGAAAAGAAAACACUGCAGCCAUGGACCUUGUUAAAAGCUGGUCUGUAACUUCGAUGGGAUUCGUUAACUGUGACGUUACUCGAAGUGUUCCGGCCAUCCUUUUCUCUCUCGGUGGAUUUUCGGGAAACCAUUUCCAUGAUUUCAGUGACCUUGUGAUCCCACUAUACAUAACUUCUAAACAAUUUAAUGGAGAAGUGCAGUUUCUUGUGACAGAUAACAGGCCUUGGUGGAUCGCCAAGUUCGAAAAAAUGCUCGGAAAGUUAUCUCGAUACGACAUUAUUGACAUCGAUCGAAAAGGGAAAACACAUUGCUACCCAAGGAUGAUCGUUGGGCUUAAAUAUCACCAGGAACUCGGUAUUGACCGAUCCAAGUUGCGAGAUCAGCUAUCAAUGAAAGAUUUCAGGCAGUUUUUGAGAAGAACCUACUCAUUGAAGAGGGAAAAAGCAAUCAAGACAAGGGAUGAUGCGGGUAAAAGGCCUCGGCUGUUGAUCAUAUCCAGAAGAAGAUCUCGAUUGCUAAUGAAUACCGAAAAAAUAACGAGAAUGGCCUUGAGCUUGGGGUACAAUGUAGUUACAAUAGAGCCGAAUAUAUCGACCAGCUUGGCAAGUGUUGCACAGACAGUGAAUUCUUGUGAUGUAAUGAUGGGCAUCCAUGGAGCUGGAUUAACAAACAUGGUGUUCCUUCCCGAUAACGCAAUCGUAAUUCAAAUAGUUCCUUUAGGAUCCAUUGAUGGGUUGGCUAGAAAAGACUUUGCCGAACCUGCCAUGGAUAUGAAGUUAAGGUACUUGGAGUAUAAAAUAAAGGCAAAAGAGAGCAGUCUAAUGAGUAAGUACAAGGCGGACCAUUUGAUCAUUAAAGACCCAUUAUCAGUUCAUAAAAAGGGAUGGGAUGCAGUAAGGUCAACGUAUUUGGAUAAACAGAAUGUGAAGCUUGAUGUUAGGAGGUUUAGAGCUACAUUGUUAAAAGCACGUCGCUUGCUUCAUCACUAGACAAUAUAUAUAUAUAUAUUCUCUAUGUUAUUUCAUCCAAAAAAGAAAAAAAAACAGAUUACU